ACGUUUUUUCUUUUCUAUCCUUCUGUAGCUUAAAAUGUUGCCAGAUAUGGCCAUUCUUUCACUUAUCAGUCUCGUGAUUAUAUUUACAUUUUCCGCUGAGCUUGCUAGAGGAAAUGAUUUCGAGCCUUUAAAUUAUGUCAGUAGCAAAAAUGAGCUAAAAACUUAUAUUAUACACGUCAAGAAGCCUGAGGCUCAUAUACUUGCCCAAGCGGAUGAUCUAAGCAACUAUCAUAAGUCAUUUAUGUCUGCUCGCGCAACAGCAGCCUUAAACCAGGAGCAAGACUUUCUCUACUCAUACAAACAUGUGAUUAAUGGUUUUGCAGCAAGACUCUCUGAAGAAGAUGUGGAGGCUAUGAAAGAAAUGGAGGGUUUUGUGUCUGCGCAUCUAGAGAAAGUGUUGCAUCAACAGACAACCCACACGCCCCGGUUCUUGGGAUUGCACCAAGAUACUGGUUUGUGGAGAGAAUCGAAUUUUGGAAAGGGGGUGAUUAUUGGAGUGUUGGAUGGAGGAAUUCUGCCUACACAUCCUUCGUUUACAGACGAAGGAAUGCCUUCUCCACCAGCCAGAUGGAAAGGGAAGUGUGAAUUUGUUACUUCAAAGUGUAACAAUAAAAUCAUUGGGGCAAGAUCAUUCAACAACUCUGCAACAAUUGUCUCUCCCUUUGAUCAAGAAGGACAUGGAAGCCAUGUAGCGGGUAUAGCUGCUGGAAGGUUUGUGAAAAAUGCUGCAGUGCUUGGACUUGGUAAUGGCACGGCUGUUGGGGUUGCGCCUAAAGCUCACUUGGCAAUCUAUAAAGUGUGUCCGACAACAGACAAGUGUUUUGAAAGUGACCUACUUGCAGGAAUUGAUGCUGCUGUCAAUGAUGGAGUUGAUGUUAUCUCAAUUUCUAUAGUGGGCAAGUUUGCUGUGCCAUUUUUUCAAGAUGCUAUUGCUGUUGGAUCAUUUGCAGCAAUUCAAAAAGGAAUAUUUGUAAGCUGCUCUGCAGGAAACACAGGCCCUUCAAACAGCACUGUGUUGAAUGAUGCCCCUUGGAUUUUAACUGUUGGCGCAAGCACUACGGAUAGAAGCUUCAAAGUCACAACAAAACUAGGAAAUGGUGAAGAGUUUGCUGGUGAAUCCUUGUUCCAACCAGAAGGUUUCUCUGCAGUCCUAAUGCCUCUUAUCUAUGCUGGUUCAAGUAGCAAUUCCAACUCUUCAUUUUGCGUUGAAGGAUCCUUAGAAGGGAUUGAUGUCAAAGGAAAGAUAGUACUAUGUGAGCGAGGACUAUCUACAAGAGUGUCUAAAGGAGAGACGGUCAGAAAGGCUGGAGGUGCAGCAAUGAUAUUGAUGAAUCAAGAAAUAGAUGGAUCAACCACUAUAGCGGAAAGUCAUGUUCUCCCUGCAGCUCAUGUGAGUUAUGCCACAGGACUCAGAAUAAAAGCUUUCAUAAAUUCAACCGUAGAGCCUAAAGCAGCCAUAGUGUUUAAAGGAACUAGAAGUGGAGAUCCACUGGCUCCAGCAGUUGCUUCCUUCUCCGCAAGAGGUCCUAGCAUUACAACCCCCGGAAUUCUCAAACCAGACAUAGUGGGACCUGGAGUGAACAUUUUAUCAGCAUGGCCGUUCUCUGUUGGUGGUGAUUCAAAUUCAUUGUCCACUUUUAACGUGCAAUCCGGUACAUCAAUGUCAUGUCCUCACCUCAGUGGAAUUGCUGCAUUGCUCAAAAGUGCUCAUCCUAAUUGGUCACCAGCUGCAAUUAAGUCUGCGAUCAUGACCACUGCUGAUCUAAACAACCUCAAUGAAAGUCCCAUUGUCACAGAAAGAUCAGUGCCAGCUGAUGUCUUUGCCAUAGGUGCAGGCCAUGUCAAUCCAUCAAAAGCCAAUAAUCCUGGACUUGUAUACGACAUUCAUCCAGACGAAUACAUACCAUACUUAUGUGGUCUGGGAUACACAAACGAUCAAGUUGGGGUAAUCACACAGCGACCAAUCAAUUGCACCAAUGAAACAAGCAUACCAGAAGCACAACUAAACUACCCUUCAUUUUCAAUCACGCUUGCCUCUAUCAACCAAACAUACACAAGAACAAUGACUAACGUCGGAGAACCAAACUCAUCAUACUACAUUGAAAUCAUUCCACCAAAAGGUGUUCUCGUGACAGUGAAUCCUACAAGUCUCGAUUUCACAGAAGCAAACCAGCAAUUAACUUAUCGAGUAACAUUUGGCAGGUCAACUGAAACUAUAUACACUCAAUAUGCCCAAGGGUUCUUGAAAUGGACAUCAACGCAUCAUACAGUCAGGAGCCCAAUCUCUGUUAAGCUAGUUUAAGCACUCAAUCAUCAAAAAUCCAAGCUGUAAAUGCAAACAAAUGAAAAGCUACAUUUUAAGGACAAAAUCAUAUUCUAAGCACUCAAUCAUCAAAGAUCUAAGCUGUGAUACAUGCAAGUGCGCAAACUUUCAAUUAACUACAAUAUAAUAUACGAUUUAGCAUUUUUUUUGUUUA